UCAGAUUCCCUCCUCACCCACAACACAAAAAGAAAAAAAAAACCAUCAAUUCCUAAAUAAUAUACUUUUCAUCAUCAACAAACACCAAAACACACACACACACACAAAAGCAUCCUUUAAUACAUGCAUAGCUAACACAAUGGUUGGGACAUCAGUCCACCACAACCUACUCUUACCACAACAACAUCCCCAUCACACAAAACCACUUGAAUUCACUUCAACAGAGCAACAAUGCAUGUCCCUCUUAAAACACUGCAAAAACAUCCAACAACUCAAGCAAACUCAUUGCUUAAUCAUCAAACAUGGUUUACAUUCCAGGUCUUUUUGCACAGGCAAUCUUCUAUCAACCUGUGCUUUAUCCACUUGGGGCAGCAUGCACUAUGCAUCCUUAAUCUUCCAACAAAUCGACACCCCGGAUUCAUUCGAAUUCAACACAAUGAUCAGAGGGUAUAUCAUGGAUAUGAAUUUACAUGAAGCUGUUACGUUGUAUACCCGAAUGGUUGAAGUGGGAAUUCGGCCGAAUAAGUUCACAUAUCCAUCAAUUCUUAAAGGGUGUGCUUGUUUGCAUAGACUUGAAGAGGGUAUGCAGUUUCAUGGGCAUGUUGUGAAAAAUGGAGUAGAAAAAGAUGUGUUUGUGCAGAAUAGUUUGAUUAAUAUGUACGGAAAGUGCGGUAAUAUAACCGAAUCUUGUUAUGUUUUUGAACGAAUGGAUUGUUUUGAUAGAAGUUUGGCUAGUUGGAGCGCGAUUAUAGCGGCUCAUGCUAGUAAGGGAAUGUGGAGUGAGUGCAUUAGUUUGUUUCAACAGUUGACUAGUCAAAGUUGUUGGAGGGCUGAGGAGAGUGUGUUAGUAAGCGUGUUAUCGUCAUGUACUAAUUUGGGUGCGUUAGAUUUGGGACGGUCUACACACGCGUUUUUGAUAAGGAACUUAAGCGGAAUGAAUGUGAUCGUCGAGACUUGUUUACUAGAUAUGUAUUUAAAAUGUGGAUCUUUGGUCAAAGGGUUGACUGUGUUCGAACAAAUGAAGGUGAAAAACCAAUGGUCUUAUAGUGUCGUGAUUUCGGGGUUGGCGUUUCACGGUUAUGGCGCCGAAGCGUUAAGGGUGUUUUCGGAAAUGCGUGAAAAAGGAAUUGAACCGGAUGAAGUUGUUUAUGUCAGUGUAUUGACCGCCUGUAGUCAAACGGGCCAAGUUGAAAAAGGUCUUGAGUUUUUCAAGAAGAUGACCGUUGACCACAAAAUCGAGCCUACGAUACAACACUACGGGUGCUUGGUGGAUCUCAUGGGUAAAGCGGGAAAAGUCAAAGAAGCGUUUGACCUUAUUAAGAACAUGCCAAUGGAAGCAAAUGAUGCAUUGUGGUAUAGUUUACUUGAUGCUUGUAGAAUUCACCAAGAUAUAGAAUUAGGUGAAAAAGUUGCCGAAAAGCUACUAAACAUGAGCUCACAAACUCCUAGCCCGUACGUGAUACUAUCAAAUAUGUAUGCAAAAGCCGGGAAAUGGGAGAAUGUAGCUUCGGCCCGAAGAGAAAUGGGUCAAAAGGGGUUGACGAAAACGCCUGGUUUUAGCUUAAUUCAGGUGAAGAGAAAGGUUUACAAGUUUGUGUCGAAUGACGUAAUGUGGGCCCACUGUAAAGAGUUAUCGGAUAUGAUUUACCAGAUGGAAUGGCAGCUUAAGUUUGACGGGUAUUCUCCGGAUACAUCCGAAGUAUUACUUGACGUAGAUGAAGACGAAAAGAGGGAGAGAUUGAGUAAACAUAGUCAGAAACUAGCACUUGCAUUCGGGCUCAUAAAUACGUCACACGGUUCGUCGGUUAGGAUAGUUAGAAACAUGAGAAUGUGUAAGGAUUGUCACACUUAUACCAAAUACAUUUCAUCAAUCUUUGAAAGAAGAAUUAUUGUUAGGGAUAGAAAUAGGUUUCAUCAUUUUGAGGAUGGAAAUUGCUCUUGUAAAGAUUACUGGUAAUGUUAAAUUCAGUGUUUUUUUUCUUUUUUA